AUGCCUCCAGCCAACUGGCCCAGCAACAUCGUCUUCAUCAAGGAGAACAUUUACUCGAACCAACUUACCUCCGAAGAGCUAGCAAACAUAGGUCUGACACCCGCCAAGGCAAAAACUCGCCCAACGCCAAAUGGAUCUCCAACCAACAAGCUGAUUAAGAUCAAAAAGAUCUCCGAUCCCAAGCACCCUGCUAAUGGGCAGUUCGGUCUGUUUGCAAACCAGAAGUUGCCUGCAAAGUCGCAUGUAAUCGACUACGUUGGCUAUGUACAUCCAGACAGAGAAAGUGAUCCCUCAUCGGACUACGACAUCAGUCUUGACUCUGCCCUUGGCAUCGGCAUUGACGCCCAGAGAUGGGGGUGUGAAGCUCGUAUGAUCAACGACUACAGAGGGAUCAAUGCUACCAAUAACGUCAUAUUUGACAAUCGCAUGGUAGGAAAAGAGCUGCGAAUUGCUGUGUUUGUGGGCCCAAAGGAUGUCAACAAGGGAGAGGAGCUAUGCAUCAACUACGGAAAGGGGUUCUGGAAGGGACGAGCAGGAUGA